CCACUUCAUCACUACUCAUCACUCAUCAGGUGUAAAGGAAUAUAUAGGAUAAAGAGAAAAACAAGAGAGACUAGGAAGUGAUGGCAAACAAGUUGUCCAUAGUUAUCCUUUGCCUUGCUUUGGUAGUGGUACACACCACAGCAUCAAGAGACAUGCCAAGUGACAAUGGUCUUUCUGACCAAAAGAAUGUUUUUGUAGGCGCUGGAGGUAUCGGUGGCAUUGGAAGCAAUGGACUGCCUUUUGGUGGAGUUGUUAGCGGAGUAGGUGGCGAUGUUGGUGGAUUUGGUGCUGGAAUUGGUGGUGGAGCUGGAUUUGGUGGAGGAAUUGGGGGUGGUGGACUAGGUGGAAUAGGUGGAGUAGGAGGACUAGGUGGUAUUGGUGGCGGUGCUGGUGGUGGUGCAGGAAGUCUUCCACUUCCAUGAAGAUUAUAUUAAUAUUAGUUCAAGUUUAAUUUGUCAUGUCAUGCAUAUUGUUUGGUUAGUAUUAUGGCUAGUACUGUGAGAAAAGAGUGAUUUUUUUUUUCUUUUUGUUGUUGUUGGUGUUUGGUUUCAUUCAUAGUGUAAUGUUAUGUGAUUUUUUACGUGUUUAAUGUAAUGUAAUUUGUUGCACUUCUUUCUUUUUAAGUCGGGUGUUCAAAGUUCAA